AUAAGGCGCUACACAAUCUUUCAUACAUACCUUCCAGGAUGGAGCGGCAGUUUAUGUUAUUGAUCCUAACAAAGACAAGGGAAAGAACAGGUAUGCAGAACUGGAAUUCCGUUACUUAGGUGGAUAUAACAUUUCCAUUCAAGAAGGGCCCAUAAAGAUAACCUACCAAGAUAUGAAAGUGAUCACCAUGGAACAUACUGAGCAGCUCGAUAAAGUAACUCUCAUUUGGUCCACCGUAGGAAUGUACGACGACGAGAAUCCGAUUUAUUCUGUGAAGUAA